AUGGAUCGCUGCACGAAGAGAGCUCUUGCUCGCUCGGCCUUGGCGAAGCUCGAUCUACGAAGCAGCACGGACGAAGGACAGACCACCUCAGUGCAAACAUCUUCCCUGUUCACGGUCAACAAUGUCAUCACAGCCAUGAAUGACAAGAUGAGUUUUGAGUCUCGAAUCCCAAGCAAGGCGGUUCAUCCCGAGCUCAGAACACUCCUCCGAGUACUCGAGGAACGAGACAUUCCAUUGGGCGCCGAUGAUGUCGCCUGGGCCUUCGAGGGCUCCAAAACCAAGGACAGCGCUGCAUCGUGGGUGCAAGAGUUUCUACAGUCAUCCACACUCUUGACCAAAGAUGAGCUUACAUUCUACGAGAAACAUGGCAUUGACACGCAAUCUUCAAAGCCUCCGGCAGCCGCUGGACGACCGCUCUCUGACGCGGAAGUAGAAGCUGCCAUCGACUCCCUCGAAGCGAGCACAGUUGCGAUUGAGAAGCAGACUCAAAUCCUCGAGGCUCAAAAGAGAGCGCUCAAAGACUUGCAAUCCCGAAACUCGGCCAAUGAUCUCGCGGCUUCCAGCAAGGAUGCUCGUCAGAACAAGCUCGCUCGGGAGAGAGCACAGAUCGACUUUGAUAUCGAUGAAUUGUCUCAAACUGCCGGCGGCAGGAUCCGGACUGCCAUGAAGCAAAGCGACACGGCGAACGGUGCCAUCCCAUCACAGAUUGACCGUCUGCUCGUUAAAGAUGACAGACUCCUCGAUGGUCUCCGGAAGCUUCUUCCAAGGAUCUCUGAUACUUCGCUGGACCGGGAUGAAACUGCUGAUGUGGAGCAGUUGUGCGCAGCGCUGACUAUGCUUUCCGUGAAAGAGAUACACGCUCGAUUGGACAGUGUAUAUCGUGAGACAGUGGAGGACUACGCCGGAAGGCAGAAUGGCUCUAGUGAGAGACCUCUCAGCGAUUCGCAGAUGACACAGCGCGAAAAUGCCCGCAUUGAACUCAAGGAAUUGGGAAGUGAAAUCGAGGGACUGGUUGGGAUCGUCGUUGACCAUCAGCAUCGAAAACCACUCCGGAAAGGCUUGCUAUCGGCUCGAGCAGACUCUCAAUUGCAACGGGCAGAGUGGUCCGAAUACACCGUGACUGCACUACUCUAUCUGACAUCUAGAUUGGACGCUAUCAGCGACCAUGUGCAGCAUCUGCGUGCGCAUGGCAAUGCGCUAUCCACGAUAUCUCGUGUUCUGGAUGAGACUAUCUCUACUCGACCGCCUCCAGAAGGUCAAUCUACUUUUUCGCCUGUCACAGAUAGAUCUGGCGCCAAAGGUCUCAAGCCAUUAAGACUUGUGCAAGCGAACCGCUCCGAACCUCAAGAUCCGGCCGUACAGUUCCUGCGCCAGUAUGAUAUUCGCGUGCCGGAAAAUGGUAGUGUGGCUAAGCUGGCGGAUGCUCUGGACUCGGCCAUUCGCGAACGGAGGCAGAGGCUCUCUACAUUAGCAAGCGGAACGGAGCAGACUAUCACGGAUCACAUCACGCAAUCCAUCGCGAAGACAGAUGCAGAUUUGCAGGUUUUAUUGGAGAGAGUGUUUGCUCACUCUGAACACGGCACAGUGCGACUUGUGGAUGACCAGGUGCAGACCGGCCUGGAGAAACUCGAGUGUGRGACGCAGAGGAUCGGAGACGAAAUGCGGGAGCUGGAUAUUGAUGCUAUUGCGAGAGCUGUGAAGGCGAAGCAGGCCGAAAUCUUGAGGAAGCUGGAGGAGUGA